AUGAGUACACACAGUCUUGUUCGGCCCGGUCUCACCACCUCCAUCAUCGGUCACCUUCCAGCGAUAAAACUUCGUCUACGAAAGAAAGUUCCUCUACUGACCUUCCAGGAUGUGCGCCGCGCAAGGAUUCCAUUCUACGAAGCCCUAGCCAGUGAGUUGUACGAGACCGGUUGCGUCAACGCUGCCUUUUUGUUGCUGCAGCUGAUCGAAUACGAGCAUGAUCAGGUACCACAGACAUCCGAUCCAUCAAUCGAGGAGAAACGACUAAAAAAUUCGAAAAAGGAGCUCAACUAUCUGUUCAAAUUCUUGUAUGAAACUGAAGGCCAUAAAAUGAAAGAGCAGUACGAAAACGAGGUGGAAAAUCUGUUGGCAAUCGGUCGUUCCUUUCAAGAUGACAAACUGAAACGCUGGGUCACUCGGCAAUUUUUUUUGGUCAGUUUGGACCGGUGCAAAGAUUGUUGCCUGGAAUCUACACGGGUUGGAGCGUUGGCUAACUAUUACUAUGGAAUGUUUCUACUAAAUGAAGGAAAUCUAGAAGAAGCCGCUAGUGUUCUGGAAUCUGCCAAAGAACAAGCUGCCGGUCAAACUUGGCCGUUAUUUAAACAAAUUGGAUCUGCACUACUGUCCAACGAAAUUUACCAGCAGUUGUUUCUUGUUUAUUCCAAACUAGCCGAACAGUUCGGAAAAACAAACACAGCUAAGUUUGAAAAAUAUAUGCGUUUGAGUCACGCAGCUGCGGUUAACUCGAAUAUUGAUUACGUGUUAUGCGACUCGUACCUGCACUUUGGAGAUUUUUUACUCGAUCGAGGAGAAUAUCGCGAAGCGCUUAGCUGUUAUAAGCAGUCGUCAAAAAUGGCAAAAUCUAUUUUCGCUGCGGAUAAGGUCUGCAAAACGAAUAUCCGUAUGGCUGCCGUACACCGAAGAUUAGAUGAGCCCAAAGAAUGCGUCCAUCUGCUGCAAAUGGUUGACCGAUUGACAGCGCAUGAUAGAACAUCGGAAUGUUACGCUGAAAUGCAGCUGCUGAACGGUGAAAUUCAUUUGGAAAACGACCGUUUGCCGGAAGCAAUCCAUGCACUAAAUACAUCCCGAGAAGCAUACAAACAUUUAAAAAAGGAAGACAAAAUGAUUCAAGCCAGUUGUUUCGGUGCGCUGGCAGCCGGCGAAACCCAUUUUGGACUAUUUGCCGAACUGGUACUGAAAGCCGAAUACCGUGGACGCAUUUCCGACAAUGACAGUCUUUUCAAAGUGCUUCGCUGGAACGAAAAUAGUGAGCCUUUUUGGUGAGUGAAAUCGUUUGUAAAUGGAAUGA